UUCUUCCCUGGAUUUCCAUCUCAGCCGACUCUUCCCUUCCGCCGCUUCCUUCUUUGCUUCCAACCGGCUGCUGAAAAGCCAUAGCCAUAGGAGAGGCAUGGAUGACAGGAUCCCUCCCAGCAACACUUACUUCCACUACUUCCCUUCAGGGAUCCCUCCCAACUCCUCUCCCCACCACCACCCCAUCCGCCCUCCCCCUCCCCCAACCCCUCUGGAUAGAGAAAGGUCUCCAUGUCAGCUGUCUUUAGACUUAUAUUUAGCUGAGCUGAUGGCUGAGAGACAGAAAUUGGUACCUUUCAUGCGAGUACUUCCCUUUUGUAGCAGGAUUCUAAACCAAGAAAUUUUUAGAGCAUCAGUUUUGGCACCUAACCAAAACUUCGUUACUGAGAGAAUGGAGCAUGGCAGUCCAUUGAGGAUAGCUGGCCACACUACCAAAGGUGGAUCAAUGGAUCUGGACGGAUGGUCAGCAAUGCAAGUAGAGGAAAACGGUUGGAAUGGGGCCUUUCAUGCAUCAGCGGUGGGUUGGAAUGGGGCUCCUGGAGUUGCUACCAGCCCUGUUGUAAAGAAAGUUGUGAGAUUAGAUGUUCCUGUUAACAAGUUUCCUAAUUACAACUUUGUUGGCCGUUUGUUGGGACCACGUGGUAACUCUUUGAAAAGGGUUGAAGCUACGACGCAAUGCAGAGUUUACAUAAGAGGUCAAGGUUCAGUCAAAGAUACUCUCAAGGAAGAGAAGCUAAGGGAUACACCUGGAUAUGACCACCUUAGUGAGCCAUUGCAUGUGCUUGUGGAGGCCGAGUUUCCAGCAGAUGUGGUUGAUGCCCGAUUGAGCCAAGCUGUGGGGAUUUUGGAAGAUCUUUUGAAGCCAGUGGAUGAGUCCAAAGAUUACUACAAGAAGCAACAGUUGAGGGAAUUGGCCCUGCUGAAUGGUACCCUAAGAGAAGAGAGCCCUCAGAUGAGCCCCAGUGUGUCGCCAUUUAACAGCACAGGAAUGAAACGAGCAAAAACACGACAAUAGACCAAAGUCAUAGGAGUUGAUUCUUAACCUCUAAACUAGCUCAGUUUUACCUAAUGGGAGAGUGCCAGUCUCACCUUUGCAUAAUCUACAUUAUUCUUAAUGAUGAAUAUCGGGACAUUGUGAGAAAGGAAUGCAUCUAUCAUUGGUACACCAAGAUGUGUCCUUUGAUCUCGAUGUUUCUUGCUUCCUUGUUAUAAAUACCUGAAUGUCACUCCUAGUUUGCUCAUCGUCUGUGUAUUGUGUAACCUUAUCAUAAUGUUCUGUGUGAUAUCAUGUGCAUGGGACUGCAUUAUACGAAUUUCACAUGAUAAGAUGUUAGAUAAUAUGACCUCUGUAGUUAGCCUAAGUUAUGUACUUGACACAGCUUUUACCUUGUGAUCCAUAUUCUCUUUAA